UCAUCGGUUUUCCGUGGUGCUCAUGGUGCGAUAGAGGAAGUGAGAAGAAGGUGCUGAAAGCCCCGCAGUGUGAGAAGGGGAAGUGGAGAGCUCAGUCAACAAUCAGAAAACAGAGACAAGCUGAAUAUUCUCAAAGCUGGUCUGAUCAGUGUUCCAGAAUGGCUCAAAACUGCCUCAAGUGUUUGAAGUACACUAUGUGUUUCACCAACUUCCUUUGUUUUAUGUGUGGUGUGGGGGUGCUGAUCUGUGGUGUGUACAUGACGGUGAACUUCAGGAUGGCCGCCCUCACCCCCACCCUGGCCAGCUUCACCAUCUCCAACAUGCUGCUGGUCAGCGGCAUCGUCAUCACCUGCGUGUCCUUCCUCGGCUUCCUGGGAGCUCUGAAGGAGAACCGCUGCCUCCUCCUGACGUUCUUCCUGCUGCUGUUCUUCCUAAUGCUGGUGGAGCUGACUGCAGCCUGCCUGCUGCUCAUGUAUGAGGGAGAGAUUUCCAAAAUGGUGAAUGACGAUCUCAACAAGGGUUUGAAGUUGGCUAAAGGAAAGUCUCAAAAUGCCACCAUGAGUGAGUGGGACGUUGUUCAGAUGCAGUUUGACUGCUGUGGAGUCCAAAACAGGUCGGACUGGGGGGACAACGUGCCGGACUCCUGCUGCCUGGGAAAGUGUGGGAGCCCAAAGCCUGAUUACAGAAAGAAGGGUUGUUUGGAAGCACUGAAGAAUUCGUUUGAGGAUCAUUUCCUCACCACCGGGAUUUCUGUCAUCGUCCUCUGCAUUAUCGAGGUGAUGGGAAUGUGUUUCGCCAUGACGCUCUUCUGCCACAUCAGCAGAUCUGGACUGGGAUACAAGUUAUAGAAUUUUGUCUUCUAUCUAUUUCAGUUAUUAUCCUUUCAGGAAUCAUGUCUGAAUGAUGAUGCUGAAAAAUCUGAAAGAUCAGAAAACAGUUAGCUUGUGAAAACCAAAACGUGAUUUUACUAAUCUGUGUUGUGAAGACAAAAUAUCAUCGAACUUAGCAAAGAAGAAAAAAGUGUAUCCAGUAGGAAUAGGAAGAAAACGUUUAAGACAUGACGACUGUGUCCUUUAACAGAGACGCUUUUUAGAACCUUUAAACUCUGAGCAGGGACACGACUGCUACCGUUGGUUUCCCCCAACUUUUCUACAUUGUUUGUGUCUUUGAGAGGAAUAACCGCGGCAUGAAAAAGAGCUUUUCCUGUAAAAUAUAUUACUUAUUUUCUGUAACUUUUUUAACACAAACUCGCCCUGUAAUAUAUCAAUAAAGUAUUGCUUACAGUAUUUACACUGCUCUGCAUCCUCCAUUUUAAUUUCAUGUUGUCAGAGGAUCGGCAUUUCCUGUUUCUUGCUUUCACUUCACUGAUGUGAAGAGGGGCCAACCAUGUAACCACUUCCUCUUUCGACUUCAACCACCGUUGGUUCCUCAACAAAAAUAAAAAAACCCCACCUCAAA